AUGAGGAGAGGAGAGGAGAGGAGAGGAGGAGGAGAGGAGGAGGAGGAGGAGAGGAGAGAGAGAGGAGGAGGGAGAGAGAGGAGGAGGAGAGAGGAGAGGAGAGGAGGAGGGAGAGGACGAGGAGGAGGGAGGAGGAGAGGGGGGGAAGAGAGAGGGAGAGGUAGGAACGCUUUGAUUGAUGAGACGUAGAUAAGAUGAAUUUGAUUUGAAAUGUAGAUAUAAUAUGAACCUUUAAGGAAAGGAUUCAUUAAACGGUUUUUGUUUUUUAACCAAUUUGAAAUCACAGAGAAAUUUUUUUGAUUGUUCAAUUUCGAAAAAUUUUGGGAGUUUAAAUGUUUUUUUGCAAGUUUCAAAGUAAUUUAAUGGGUUUGUUAAUUUUGUUAUUCUUAAGGUGUUUUUUUUAAAAUUUAAAACCAGAAAAAUUUUUUGAUUUUUAAGGUUGUCGAAAAAGUUAACCCUUUUUUUUUGAACGGGAUUUUUUUUUAAUGUUCCUAUAGAAAAAUCACCCCCCAUUUUCCAGGUACUUGGGUUUAAAUAAAAAGACAAAGUUAUGUAUUAAAAAACCUCCAUAGAAAAUGACCACCCCUUCACCUUUCCCAUUUUUGAAAAGGCCUGAUUUUAAAUUUAUUAUAAGUAAAUUUUUUGCCCAAAGCACCACCCUUACCCAUACAAAGGAAUUCUGUUUUGGGACCAUUUUUACAAAUGAAACCCUCACGACGCCAGGACAGCGGAGUCCACUCACCACCUUCCGGAGACAUUUGAAAACCCCACCUCUUUAAGGAAUACCUGGGAUAGGAUAAAGUAAUCCUUCUACCCCCCCCUACCCCCCCCCCCCAAAAAAAAAAAAAGAAGAAUUUUUUUUAAAAAAAAAUAAAAAAAGAUAAUAAAACGAAUAAAUAAUAAAAACAUUAACAAAUAAAAAAAAAUAUAUAAAAAAUUUGUAAAGUAGUUGUACUACUGGCUAUAAGGUGAAUGCACCAAUUUGUAAGUCACUCUGGAUAAGAGCGUCUGCUAAAUGACGUAAAUGUAAAUGUAAAUGUAACUAAAAAUGAAAAGCUGAAAUGUCUUGAGUCAAUAAGAAUUCAUCCCCUUUGUGAUGGCAAGCCUACCAACACAGUGAAUUUUCCUGAGUGGCCAAAUAACAGUUUUAACCUAAAUCUACAUAAAUCUAUGGCAAGACCUAAAAGUGGUUGUCUAGCAAUGAUCAACAACCAACUUGACAGAGCUUGAAGAAUUUUGAAAAGAAUAAUGGGCAAAUGUUGCACUAUCCAGGUGUGGAAAACGCUUAGAGACUCACAUUUACAUUUUACAUUUUAGUCAUUUAGCAGACGCUCUUAUCCAGAGCGACUUACAGGAGCAAUUAGGGUUAAGUGCCUUGCUCAAGGGCACAUCGACAUAUUUUUCACCUAGUCGGCUCAGGGAUUAGAACCAGCGACCUUUCGGUUACUGGCACAACGCUCUUAACCACUAAGCUACCUGCCGCUACCUGCCACCCAGAAAGACUCACAGCUGUAAUCACUCCCAAAGGUGCUUCUACAAAGUAUUGACUCAGGGGUGUGAAUACGUAUGUAAAUGGUAUAUUUCUGCAUUUCAUUUUCAAUAAAUUAGCAAACAUUUCUAAAAACAUGUUUUCACUUUGCUAUGUGGUAUUGUGUCAAGAUGGGUGAGGAAAAAAAUAUUUAAUCCAUUUUAAAUUCAGGCUGUAACAAAAAAUUGGGAAUAAAUCAAGGGGUAUGAAUAUGUUCUGAAGGCACUGUAUCUAUACUGAACAAAAAUAUAAACGCAACAUGUAAAAUGUUGGUCCCAUGUUUCAUGAGCUGAAAUAAAAGAUCCCCCAAAUUUUUCAUAUGCACAAAAAGCUUAUUUCUCUUAAAUGUUGCGCACAAAUUUGUUUACAUCCCUGUUAAUGAGCAAUUCUCCUUUGCCAAUCAACCUGACAGCUGAUUAAACAGCAUGAUCAUUAAACAGGUGCACCUUGUGUUGGGGACAAUAAAAGGCCACUUUAAAAUGUGCAGUUUUGUCCCACAACACAAUGUCACAGAUGUCUUGAGGGAGUUUUGAGGGAGCGUGCAAUUGGCAUGCCGACUGCAGGAAUGUCCACUAGAAUGUAAUGUUCAUUUCUCUACUACAGUUGAAGUAGGAAGUUUACAUACACCUUAGCCAAAUACAUUUAAACUCAGUUUUUCACAAUUCCUGACAUUUAAUCCUAGUAAAACGUCCCUGUCUUAGGUCAGUAAGGAUCACCACUUUAUUUUAAGAAUGUGAAAUGUCAGAAUAAUAGUAGAGAGAAUUAUUUAUUUCAGGUUUUAUUUCUUUCAUCACAUUCCCAUUGGGUCAGAAGUUUACAUACACUCAAUUAGUAUUUGGUAGCAUUGCCUUUAAAUUGUUUAACUUGGGUCAAACGUUUUGGGUAGCCUUUCACAAGCUUCCCACAAUAAGUUGGGUGAAUUUUGGCCCAUUCCUCCUGACAGAGCUGGUGUAACUGAGUCACGUUUUCCAAGCUGUUUAAAGGCACAGUCAACUUAGUGCAUGUAAACUUCUGACCCACUGGAAUUGUGAUACAGUGAAUUAUAAAUGAAAUAAUCUAUCUGUAAACAAUUGUUGGAAAAAUUACUUGUGUAAUGCACAAAGUAGAUGUCCUAACCGACUUGCCAAAACUAUAGUUUGUUAACAAGAAAUUUGUGGAGUGGUUGAAAAACGAGUUUUAAUGACUCCAACCUAAGUGUAUGUAAACUUCUGACUUCAACUGUAAAUGUAAACAAAAGAGUGAAGGUUAGAGACAGAAGAUAUUUAGGAUUCUAUGCUGCACUAUAAUGACAACAGACAGGACGUAAUGAGAGGUUAGUAUGUUCAGCAUUUUCAGAAAGCUCUGCUGAUUCAUGUCCAGUAAUCCGCUCAUAGAAAACAAACAGUGCGUCUGUCUACUGUAGGACUGUGUGUGUGUGUGGUGUGUGUGUGUUUGGGCCCUGUUUCUGGACGUCUCACUCACCACACUCACUCUCCAGCACACUGACUGCCUCUCCAUCCUCCAUGGUUGUCUUGAGGAGCUGGAGCAGAGAGGAACGUGUGGCUGCUGGCAGGGCUGACAGCAGCUGGAAAUGACUACUCAGUUUCUCCAGUUCUGCCAACACACAAACAACAGACACUUUGCAUCUAGAGGAAGUUUGACUCAGCUGCCACCGUAUCACAGAGAUUUCACAACCAGAAAACUAUCAUAAGUACGAUUUGACUGCAACCACAAUGGGACAUAAAUAAUGUGUAAAAAAUCUAUUGUUAGAGAAAACAUAAUGAUCUCUACAAGGCAGUGCCUUCCUAAGACCCUGAACCUUUUACAUGAAGCAACAUGAUCCUCCGUAUGAUAUCCUUUGUUGAUAGAACAUGACCUACACAAACAACCUCUGGACCUUAAUGGUCCUACUGUAGGACACGCUAGACAUUGGCCCUGUACAAACUCAUGAACAACCAUUAUGUCAAAUGUGUUGUAAAUCACAUCUACAACCUGAGUGUGACAGGGCCAUGAAGGGUUUCACAUAAAGAACAACAUGUAACAUUCCAUUCAGUAUCCGUCAACCACUAGACCAGGGAUGGGGAACUUUGAUGGGGGUGGUGGCCACAAACAAUCUGAACUCAUCAUGAGGGUCCGCAGUGGCUCGUGGGUCUGAACUCAUCAUGAGGGUCCUCAGUGGCUCGCGGGUCUGAACUCAUCAUGAGGGUCCGCAGUGGUUCACGGGUCUAAACUCAUCAUGAGGGUCCGCAGUGGUUCACGGGUCUAAACUCAUCAUGAGGGUCCGCAGUGGCUCGCGGGUCUGACUCAUCAUGAGGGUCCUCAGUGGGCUCGCGGGUCUGAACCCUCAUCAUGAGGGUCUUCAGUGGCUCCCGGGUCUGAACUCAUCAUGAGGGUCCUCAGUGGCCUCGCGGGUCUGAACUCAUCAUGAGGGUCCUCAGUGGCUCGCGACUCUAACUCAUCAUGAAGGUCCACAGUGGCUCGCGGGUCUGAACUCAUCAUGAGGGUCCUCAGUGCUCGCGGGUCUGAACUCAUCAUGAGGGUCCACAGUGGGCUCGCGGGUCGAACUCAUCAUGAGGGUCCACAGUGGCCUGAGGUCCUCAGUGGGCUCGCGGGGUCUGCGGACCCCAUCCAUACACACCACAUGCAGUCAUAUUUUGCCCUAAGCAACAAUGUUUGCAGUUUUAAUAUGAUAUCUGAGUGAGAGUGACUAACAAAAUCAAUGGGGGACCCCCGGUCGGUAAUUCGAAACAUGAUGACUACAAGUUUAGAUAGCAGGCGAGACUGAUUUACCAAUCUAAAAAAUGUUAGCUGACAUGGGUGAGUGACUGUCAGUGACUGACAAAACAAGACAGAAACUGCUAAUGCACAACCAAAUGUCGAAACUGCACCUUGUGUAUUCUACUAAUCUAUCUCUCAACAGUAAAUUGAGACCCAGACUGAGUUCCCCCCCCAAAAAUCUAAUAAUAAUAAUAAUAAUAACAUCAAUUUAAAUUGGUCCGCGGGCCUAUAAAAGGAGGGGGGAACUUGGGUGCUCUUGGGCCCACAGAAGCUCAUCAGCUCCCCUAACUUGGUUUCAUCAGAACAGAGAAUCUUGUUUCUCAUGGUCUGAGAGUCUUUAGGUGCCUUUUGGCGAACUCCAAGUGGGCUGUUAUGUGCCUUUUACUGUGGAGUGGUUUCCGUCUGGCCACUCUACCAUAGAGGCCUGAUUGGUGUAGUGCUGCAGAGAUGGUUGUCCUUCUGGAAGGUUCUCCAAUCUCCACAGAGGAACUCUAGAGCUCUGUCAGAGUGACCAUGGGGUUCUUGUUCAGGGGGGAUAGAGAUGGGGACAAUAGGAAUAGGAAUAAUGGAGAUGAAGACUGCUUCCAUUGUCACAAACCACUGGAGAAAUGAGUGUCCAAAAAGAUUGGAACCACAGAGGAAAGGAGGUAGCUCAGAACAGGAACACCCCUUAGGGUAAACAACAUCUUUGAUACAGCAAUGCCCACAGGUAGAUCAAUCUGGCCCAAACAUUAUGGUAAACAUACAGGGAAAACAAAUUCCUAUGUUGGUAGAUACAGUGGGGGGAAAAAAGUUCUCCCUCUCUUGCAAUUGUGCAAGUUCUCCCACUUAAAAAGAUGAGAGAGGCCUGUAAUUUUCAUCAUAGGUACACGUCAACUAUGACAGACAAAUUGAGGAAAAAAAUCCAGAAAAUCACAUUGUAGGAUUUUUAAUGAAUUUAUUUGCAAAUUAUGGUGAAAAAUAAGUAUUUGGUCACCUACAAACAAGCAAGAUUUCUGGCUCUCACAGACCUGUAACUUCUUCUUUAAGAGGCUCCUCUGUCCUCCACUCGUUACCUAUAUUAAUGGCACCUGUUUGAACUUGUUAUCAGUAUAAAAGACACCUGUCCACAACCUCAAACAGUCACACUCCAAACUCCACUAUGGCCAAGACCAAAGAGCUGUCAAAGGACACCAGAAACAAAAUUGUAGACCUGCACCAGGCUGGGAAGACUGAAUCUGCAAUAGGUAAGCAGCUUGGUUUGAAGAAAGUGGGAGCAAUUAUUAGGAAAUGGAAGACAUACAAGACCACUGAUAAUCUCCCUCGAUCUGGGGCUCCACGCAAGAUCUCACCCCGUGGGGUCAAAAUGAUCACAAGAACCGUGAGCAAAAUCCCAGAACCACACGGAGGGACCUAGUGAAUGACCUGCAGAGAGCUGGGACCAAAGUAACAAAGCCUACCAUCAGUAACACACUACGCCGCCAGGGACUCAAAUCCUGCAGUGCCAGACGUGUCCCCCUGCUUAAGCCAGUACAUGUCCAGGCCCGUCUGAAGUUUGCUAGAGUGCAUUUGGAUGAUCCAGAAGAGGAUUGGGAGAAUGUCAUAUGGUCAGAUGAAACCAAAAUAUAACUUUUUGGUAAAAACUCAACUCGUCGUGUUUGGAGGACAAAGAAUGCUGAGUUGCAUCCAAAGAACACCAUACCUACUGUGAAGCAUGGGGGUUUUAACAUCAUGCUUUGGGGCUGUUUUUCUGCAAAGGGACCAGGACGACUGAUCCGUGUAAAGGAAAGAAUGAAUGGGGCCAUGUAUCGUGAGAUUUUGAGUGAAAACCUCCUUCCAUCAGCAAGGGCAUUGAAGAUGAAACGUGGCUGGGUCUUUCAGCAUGACAACGAUCCCAAACACACCGCCCGGGCAACGAAGGAGUGGCUUCGUAAGAAGCAUUUCAAGGUCCUGGAGUGGCCUAGCCAGUCUCCAGAUCUCAACCCCAUAGAAAAUAUUUGGUUGAUGAGACACCUGACAUGGAGGAUCUUAUGGAUGAGAGUGAGAAGCAGACAGUCCAGACCAUUCUGGACCUUUUACACCAGGCUUUUACACUAUCAUUUGUUUUUCAACAGGACAAUGACCCAACACACCUCCAUGCUGUGUAAGGGCUAUUUGACCAAGAAGGAGAGUGAUGGAGUGCUGCAUCAGAUGACCUGGCCUCCACAAUCACCUGACCUCAACCCGAUUGGGAUGGUUUGGGAUGAGUUGGACCGCAGAGUGAAGGAAAAGCAGCCAACAAGUUCUCAGCAGAUGUGGGAACUCCUUCAAGUCUGUUGGAAAGGCAUUCCUCAUGAAGCUGUUUGAGAGAAUGCCAAGAGUGUGCAAAGCUGUCAUCAAGGCAAAGGGUGGCUACUUUGAAGAAUCUAAAAUAUAUUUUGAUUUGUUUAACACUUUUUUGGUUACUACAUGUGUUAUUUCAUAGUUUUGAUGUCUUCACUGUUAUUCUACAAUGGAGAAAAUAGUAAAAAUAAAGAAAAACCCUGGAAUGAGUAGGUGUAUCCAAACUUUUGACUGGUACUGUAUUUUUUUAUUUAUUUGCCUAUGCCUCUGUGAAAAUGUAGCUGGUCUUUAUGCGUAAUUUUCUAGUGAUAAGGGCAAAACAGAAUAAACAUGAUUGACACUUUGUAAUCCAGAUGCAUGCCUGGAUAGGGAAUAUAAUCAACACAUUAUGUAAUUAUCCUUAAUGUAUGUACGUAUAUUAUUGUCCGAGUGACACCACCAAUACAAUGAGAUAAGGGGCAGAGGCCCUGCCUAGAGAGACGACACGUGGACUUUGGAAGCUAAUGGUGGCGUGGCACUGAAAGAUGUUAAUAAUUUACAUAAAGAGGAGUAACUAUGUACGUUGUGUAAGCAUGAAACUGUAUAAAAGGAGAGCUCCGAGUCAGGGCAGACAGUUGCUCCAUAGAUCAGCUUGGCUUUGUUACUUUGUAUUAAAGUCUAUUCUGAAUUCACAAGCUCCGGUUUCUGAGAGAUAUUAUUGAACUAAUAUUUCUACCACAUCUUCUUGUCCCAGCUUUGGGAUUCAUUAUGCUCUUAUGCGGAGAGCCUCUGUGACACAGAGGAGAGCGGUCUCACUUGAGUGAGACACUUUGAAGCCUGACUGGUUAGGGUCAAGAAGAUCAUUCUGAGAAAGAUAACAAAAGAGUUGGUCAGAGAUGGCACGCUCAAGUGGUUUGGAAAGAAAAUAAAGAAGUAGUCGUUUUUGACGUCAGAUGGGUAGAGCGUUGGUUUCUUGAGGAGGGGAGCAACUCUGGCCAUCUUGAAGUCAGAGGGGAUGCAGCCAGUGGUCACGGAUGAGUUGAUGAGGGAAGUGAGGAAGGUCUCCAGAGAUGGUCUGGAGAAGGGAGGAGGGAUGGGGUCAAGUGGGCAGGUUGUCGGGCAGCAGGAUCAUCACUAGUCGUAGGAUUUCAUCUGGAGAGAGAGGGGAGAAAGAGGUCAAGGCGUGUGUGAGUGGGACCAGUGGACUCAGUAGGCUGAGUGAAAGAGGAGCGGAUGUCGUCAACCUUCUGUUCAAAGUGGUUGGCAAAGUAAUCCGCAGAGAGGGAGGAGAGAGGGGGAGGAGUUGGAGGAUUAAGGAAGGAGGAGAAAGUGGAGAAGAGUUUCCCAGAGUUGGAGGCAGAACCUUGAAAUUUAGAGUGAUAGAAAGCGGCUUUAGCAGCGGAGGAAUAGAAGGAAGAGAGGAGAGAGAGGAAGGAUGAUAGGUCCUCCGGAAGUUGAGUUUUCUUCCAUUUCCGCUCAGCUGCCCGAAGCCGUGUUCUGUUAGCAUGCAGUGAGUCACUCAGCCACUGAUCGGGAGGGGAAGGUCGGGCCGGCUGGGGGGAAAGGGGACAGUGAGCGUCAAAGGAUGCAGAAAGGGAGGAGAGUAGGUUCAAAGAGGCAGUGUCAGGAUACAGAAGUUAGAAGAAUUUAGCAGAAGGUAGAGAGGAUAGGAUAAAGAGGAGAGAGAGCAAAGGGUGCGGCGACACAUGACCAUCUGGGUAUGCUUUUGAUGUUCUUUUGUUAUCGCUAGUUUAGCCCUGUUGUUUAUUUCCCAAUACCUAACAUAUUCAACAUGUAUUCUAUAGUAAAGGUUUUACAUCAAUUAUAUUGACUGUAGUUGAAAUAUGCUUGCCCUGUCUUCCCAAUUGUUUUACUGGAUCCGUUGCUGGAUCCGUUUCUGAAUUCUAGGUGGAGCCAUAGACCUCACCCUGAGGACCUACCUGUGUAGCCUACCACACCUUUUCUCAUAGCACCACCAGCUGAAUAGAGUUUUCUCCCUAAUCGUCUUCCCCAUGCCCUACAUAAAACUUUGAGUGAUUAUUCUGAUGAAGGCCAUUGUAGGCCCAAAGUUUGUCUUUUAACCUUGCUUAAAUAAAACAAAUUUCUAAUGGUGAGCAAGUGUUGCGCCUUUGCCUUUGCAAUGACAAUUACAUUUUUUGAUUGCACCUCGACUUAAGUUGGUUGAGCGUCCUCCUCUUCUUUCCUAAAAACGGAAUCACGUCCAAUAAAGUAUUUUUCUAAAUAGAAUCCUGUUGAAGAUCUUGCAUAAUAUGCACAAGAUACUAAAGAAAAAUAUAUACCUAAACUAAAUAUGUCAAUCUUAACUCCAGUGCCUGAAAGUGAGUGGUAAACAGUUCACAUAUUAUAAUAUGUAUCAGGUUUGGGGUUCAUUCCACAAAUUCAAUUCUAAUUAAAUUCCCUCUCCCUGGAAAUUCCAUGUAAUUCAAUUCAAAUUCCAGGUUAGUAAUAUGUUUUUAUUAAUACAUACACCGGAUAGGUGCAAUGAAAUGUGUUGUUUUGCAGGGUCAGCAAUAGUAGUAGAGAGCCCCUGGAGCAAAUUAGGGUUAAAUGCCUUGCUCAAGGGCACAGACAGAUUUUUACCUUGCGGAUUCAAACCAGCAACCUUUCGGCCCAACGCUCUAACCUGCUGCCCCAGUCUUUGAAUUCAUAGAUAAUAAAAAUCCUCUCAAUUCUAAUGUUGGGUACAUUCCAAGAAUUCAAUUCCCAAUUCAAUGUUAUCCCCAACAAUUCACUCAGGCUUUCGGGCUGAUCAUUUCACUGUUCAGAUAUCCUAGCUACACUGGAAAUAUAGAAAUACAAGUUGAAAUGACUUAAAACAAAUCUUGCAGUAAAAUGCUUAUACUAAGUGCAUUAAUUCCAUUAACUGGGAAUAAUAUUGAACUCCAAUUAAAUUCCAAAAUAAAACAUUUUUAGAAUUCCAAUUAAAUUCCAAUUCAAACUGUCUAAACAUUCUAAUUCAAAUUAAAUUCCAUAACUUGAAGAUUGUUGAAAUUAGAAUUGAAAUCAAUAUAAAUUCUCCACUUGAUUCAUGGAUUAAAUAAUUGAAUUGGAAUUCUAAAUUAAAAUGUAAUUAACCCCAACCAUGCUAUGUAUACUUAUGCUAUGUAUGAGAUAAGAUAAGAUUUGGGGAAAUGUUAUUGCACCAGCCAAUACCUACAGUGCCUUCAGAAAGUAUUCAUACCCCAUGACUUAUUCCACAUUUUGUUGUUACAGCCUGAAUUCAAAAUGGAUUAAAUAGAUUUUUUCACUCAGCCAUCUACACACAAUACCCCAUAAUGACAAAGUGAAAACAUGUUUUUCGACAUGUUUGCAAAUUGAUUGAAAAUGAAAAACAGAAAUCUCAUUUACAUAGGUAUUCAGACCCCUUUACUAUGACACUCCAAAUUGAGCUCAGGUGCAUCCAAUUUCCCUAGAUCAUCCUUGAGACGUUGCUACAACUUGAUUGGAGUCCACCUGUGGCCAAUUCAAUUGUUUGGACAUGAUUUAGAAAGAAACACACCUGUCUAUAUGUAAGUAAGUCAUUCCUGAGAAAAAGGCACAUGACAGCACGUCUGGAGUUUGCAAAAAGGCACGUGAAAGACUGAGAGCAUAAGGCAAAAGAUUCAGUGAUCUGAUGAGACAAAAAUGUAUCUCUUUGCCCUGAAUGCAAAGAGCUAUGCCUGAACCAAACCAGGCACAGCUCAUCACACGUCUAACACCAUCCCUACCGUGAAGCAUAGUGGUGGCAGCAUCAUGCUAUGGGGAUGCUUCUCAGCGGCAGGAAUUAGGAGACUGGUAAGGAUAGAGGGAACAAUGAAUGGAGCCAAAUACAGGCAAAUCCUUGAUGAGAACCUGCUUCAUAGUGCAAACGACCUUAGACUGGGGUGAAGAUUUACGUUCCAACAGGACAAUGAUCCCAAGCAUACAGCCAAAGCAACGCUGGAAUGGCUUCAAAGCAAGAAUGUGAAAGUCCUUGAGUGGCCCAGCCAAAGCCCAGACUUGAAUACCGUUGAAAAUCUGUGGAAAGACGGGAAGAUUGCUGUUCACCACCACUCCCCAUCUAAUUUAACAGAGCUUGAGAAAAUCUGCAAGGAAGAAUGGGUAGAAAAUCCCCAAAUUCAGAUGUGAAAAGCUGAUACAGACAUACCCAAGACAACUCAAAGCUGUAAUUGCUGCCAAAGGUGAUUCUACAAAGUAUUGACUCAGGAGUGUGAAUACUUAUGUAAAUGAGAUAUUUCUGUAUUUCAUUUUCAAUAUAUUUGCAAAAAUGUGCAAACAAACUGUGGAGGCAUUUGGAAUGCAGCUCCUGUGUAAUUGUGAGAAGUGGGUGUGGCAAAGACACUCCUCCAAAAGGCUUGCGACUGACACAUCCCCCUCAGAGAUUGACCACUGACUGAGUCCCAAGGACCUGGAGGAAGAAACGGUGAGAAGCUGGUCUGUAUUGAUGCUCUUGCAGAUUGCUUCAACAGAGAUAUGAAAUGCAUGCUUUGGAUAGCUUUUUGUAAAAUGUAGUUUACACUAGGUUCAAUGCUAUAUUGAGAAGGCUUGUUUAGACUCAUUUUUUAUUUUGUCUGUCUUUUCUGUUUAUCUGUUGUAGCCUGAGACACCAUUCUCGACCAUCUCCUCAUCUGUCUCCUUGUCUCCUGUGGACUUGCCUACGUUUGCCUCAGUGACACAUCACUUAGUGAAGAACAUGGAUCUUGAUGGCAACCUGAUACCUGUGCCCUCUCUGAACAACUCAGGCAAACUGACCCCUCUCUCACUGGUUCCAAACGCCUGCCACGGACAUUCUUUUUCUGGAAAAAAACAAAACAAAUGCGUGCCGACUGACUACACUCAGUAAUGUGCUCACCGGAGACACACCCUUAACCCCAGGUAAACACCAGAGCAGCCCAUCAUUUAACACAGAAAUGUUCUAGGCUACACACAUGUAUUUAAACUUGCUGAUUUAUACAACCUGUAUGUUCUCUUCACCGCAGUAGGCUGUUGUGUGAAAGUUGUUGUGAAAGAUCUUUGAUUUUAUUAUUCAUGCUACUCUAUGUAUGAAUCGAUUAUGAACAUGAUCAUGUCAUGGACGUGGCUGUUACAGAUAUGUGUUUUGUGGCAUAAUAGAGUCCAUGCUAAUGUUGAACUUUCCCUCACUUGUCAAAGAGACUGACAUUGUGGACUACAGUGGGACAUUUUGUGACAGCAGAGAAGCCAGCGUAGAUGUGGGGACACAAUUGGCGACAGAUGCAGUGGAUUUAAACUUUAAUUCUGGGACUCAACAUGCCUCCACACUCGAGUCGUCCUUUGGCAGACGGAAGAAAGAGGAAGAGGAAGUGAAAGGGUUAUUUAGCGACUCAAAAGAUAACAAAGCUACCCUCUUAUAUAUGGGGGAGAGGAUGUUUAAAAAGGAAAGUAACAUCUUUAUAAACACACACAUUAUGAUCGGUGAAACCUGCUGUGCUGGUUUAAAGUACUAA